AUGUAAGAUUUCUCAAACAACAACAUCAACGACACUCAGAAUUCGAUGAACUUCACUUUUUUUGUUAAAUCUACAGGUUCUUUUAGAAAGCUCGCUGAGGACUUGCAUAAGCGUACUAAGUCCUACUAGCAAACUAACUUCAAUACAAAGCUUAAUAGAAAUUCUAUUUCGGAUUUAAUACUCUCAUCAAACUCAGUUCAUAAUUAGCAUUAUCCAGAAUAAAAGGAAACUGAAACAUUUGGAAACUCAGAUAAAGAUCAUGAACUUAGAGAUUUGCUUCUUAAAAAAGAUAAUACACAUAGUAUGAAGGAUACAUUCAGAGAAACAUUCAAUGUUGAUAAUACCUCAGUUAUUGAAUUCAUCAAGUAAUAAGAGAGGAGAUACAACGUAUCAAAGAAUCAAUAAAGCAAUUUUAAGUAAUAUGAAUAUGCUGGUGGUGUAGCUUAAAGUCAUAGGCUUAUCCCAACAAAUUAGAUGACUAUUUCUAAUGCUAAUGAAAGUACUUAACUUCCACCAUCUGAAGUAAGAAUUGAUGAUAUUUUCGCUGAUAGGAGUGGUAAUAGAAAAUUCAAAAACAAGUAUAAUCACCUUGAGAAGAACAUCUAGAACUUAAAGUAUAUCAAUAAAUCAUCAAAUCAAGUCCCUUAAAUUAGACCUCCUUCAGGUCUCAAAAAGACUAAAUCACAUUCAAACCUUUAAAAAUUUUAUCCAAUUAAGUAAUAAUACUAGUUUAAUAUCAGUGAAAAUCCUGAUCAAAACUAUCUUAAUAUAAGUGAAACAUAAUAGCCAUAGUAAUAUUAUUAACCUGCAUAUAACCCAAAAAUAAAACUCAAAACUAUAAAAAAGCCUUUAAUUCCAUUAUCUAAAUUGCCUCCUGAAUUCAUUAUGAAUAAAAGAAUGUCUAGAAAUAAAUCAUAAGAGAUGUUUGCUCUUAACGAUAUUAUUGAUUUUUCAAAAAGGGAUCGUGACCAAACUAGAAAUGAACUUCAAAUUAAAUUUACCAGAGAGGCUAACUUAAAUCAAAGAAUAGAUUCAAUAAUAAGUUAAAAUAUGCUUAACAUAAAUGACCCAGACCUCUAUCAAACUAUUGUAUUAUAAAAAGAAAAAGAUAGAAUGGUAAAUGAGAAACUUAAAAAUACAUUAGGAUUCCAAUCUAGGAAUCGAAUGAUUGAGAGUGAAUCUUUCAGGAGUCUGAGUUCAAGUAGAACAAGUCUAUAUAUUGAUAUUAAUCCUAUAAAACAAAUUCAUAAUGAAGAUAGAACUAUUAAUCAGCAGUUGGAUACAUUUUAUGAAACAAAUGGUAUCUCUAAAAAGAGAAUGAGCAAGCAAUACUAAUCAAAGUCAGUCUAAAAGUCCAGAUAAUAAUCAAGCAGAUAAACUGAUCUUGAUGAUGAAGAACUAGAACAUAAAAUAAAAAAACUUCAUCUUAAGAUUAGAAAGACUCAUAAAAGAAAAUUACAAGAAUUCAUCGAAAAUCAUAAUAGCCAUAUUGAGGAGAUAACUAAUAUAAAGAAGUAGCAUUAAAAGAAUUUAGAGGAUAGAUUCAAUUAUAAGGAGUAGGAUUUGGAUUAAGAAAAAAUCAUGAAAUAUGUGCACCAUGGCAAUUGUGUAGAAGUUUACAUAGAUGCAGUUCAGAGAAAGAAUAGUGUUGAAUUCCUAAACUCAAUUAGAGACUAAAAUGGUAACACUCUAUUGCACAUUGCUGUAAUGGAAAAUAAUUAUGAUAUGGUAGAACUUCUGAUGUUUUUAGGGCUUGAUAUAUACCAGAAGAAUCUCAAUAAAAGAGAUGCUGAAUAUUUAGCAGACGAGUAAAGAAGAUAGGACAUGAUGAACCUAUUUAGAUUAAAAAAGAAUAAAAUUAAUCCAAAGUUCAACCUAUGGAAAAUCAGAGAGUAUGAUAGAGUGUUCAAAUUAAGAACCACUCUUCAUAAUAGAUACUAAAAUAUGAAAAUAUGA